AUGGAGAAACAAUCCUGCACCCGCGACAAAACCAUCUCCUCAAUCCUCUCCUUCUACACCCUCCUAACCCAACUCCCCUACAUUCCGCCUGACAAACUCAUGCUCCCACCAGCCACAGGCUGGGACACCAGCACAGAAGAAUCAGAACACGACAGCCCCGGCAUAAAAGCCACCGAACUCCGGAAGCGCGGCAAAACCGAGUCCGUAAUUGAUGUUCUGCGGCAUCUGCCAUAUCUAGAUCAAGAAUACUGGGGGGAACGCUGGACUUUAGCUGAUAACACGCUACACAUCAACUAUGCGCGCGGCCAAUUGUAUGCCGAUUUUCUGGAACGCGACUCGGCGAUUUUGCCUCUGCCGGGGCAUAUAAUUUGGCUCACAGAGGGGUUUGAGCGUGCUGGUUAUUAUCUACUACUCAAUACAGAAACGUGGGAAAUCAUUGAGUAUACGCUGCUUGGUGAGAGUAUUGAGAUUGAUUAUGACGCGUAUGAAGCGCUGCCCGUGUCUCAGAAGUGGACAGCGUAUAGCGCUAUGCCAGCAAAUCAGUAUUUUGAGUUGUGGUGGUGGAGGCAUGCGACGCUGCAGUUUGUGUUGGUUAGUGAUGAGGGUGCUUUUAGAGGGACGGCGCAGUUCUGGUGUAAGGAUCCGCGGUAUUUGUAUGAAGAGAGUUUUGUGCAAGGUGAAGACGCGGAUGAAGAAGAAGGCGAUGGGGAUGAGGAUGAGGAUUAUGUUCCUGAGGAUGAGGGUGAGGAGGAUGAAGGCUCUAAUAUGGACACCGAUGACUCGGACGAUGAGUCGGCAGAAGAGGACGAGGAGAUGGAGGAUAUCCAGCAGGAACUCCGAUCACUCUCCCUUGACCAACCCAUCCCAACAUCAACUCCAUCAGCUCUCGAGACUGAAGCUGAUACGACACCCAAAUGCAGAAAAAGCUUUCUCCACAAACUCGCCCAAACCCUCGUCCCAAACCACAACAACAGAAACAACCCGCGUGCCAACUUCACAGACCCCUGGAACACCGGCCAGCGCGAAAAAAUGAAACAGCUCGUCACCAUAUUCGUCUCGCACGGCUGGCCCGUGCCGGAAUAUGAGUGGCGCGUGUCAGGGCGCUACAUAACCACCGAUCCCCAAUCCUGGGAUCUUGAUCUUAGUGCCUUCAGGAGAGAGGAGUGCCUGGAAGCGCUGAGACAAUGGUCCAACGACCGAAAAGAGCGUGAACGCGCCGAACGAGAAGCAGCAGCAGCAACUGAAAAAGCCCAACAGAAAAGCAAAGUAACCUCCGUCGCCCGGAAGCUACAGAGGUGGUUCUUAAUUCCCACCCAAAACGGCCAGGAGAUUGACGAAAGUGUCAUCCCCUACGCAGUAUUGGCCUUGGUAGAGCUAGACGAACUCGAACCCGUGCCGUACGAGAUCAUACUCGAAACGAGGAUACACAAAAUCCUACAAGGGAUAGCGGAUUCUGCGCCCAUGAAAGAGAGGGAAGAUUAUCGCGAGAUUUGCGAUAAAGCGAGCCAGUUUCUUAAAAGUUGGGAGUAUAUUAUCAACCACCUUGACGCUGACACUAGGGAAUAG